AUGUCACUGGAACCUCUCUCAGUAUUUCCGGGUUGUAUCAGCGAUGAUCUCGAGCCGAUUGAUUUGGAGCUUCUUAGUUUGAUUGCUGCUGAUGACACUGAUACUUUUCUUCCAAUGGAAGUUGAUGACAGUAGCAAGAAAUUUGUCGAUGACUUUGCCCCUUUGAAUCCUACGUCGACACCGAUGGCAGUGGACGCGUUCAACCCCGGCUUCUCAAAGCUGGAGGUGCAGGAUCUCAUGAGUCUUCUUGCACCCGAGGCUUUGAAAAUACCGGCCAUGGUUCGAAGCUAUUCGGAUCCGAUUAAGAAGACCGGCAAGCGCAGCAAGAAGUGCACGUACGCUGCUCGAAGGAGAGAGGUGGCUUUUCUCCGCGAGGAAUCGGUAGUGCUCGAGACACGUCUGAAUGCGUUACUCCCAGGAGGAGAACAAACGUCUUCGUGCUUUGGUAUCAAGCCAAGAGGCCAAGAUCCGUCAAGCUGA